UAAUAAAAUGUAGUCGCAUAGGCAGGAAAAAUACUCCCAAAAUGCAACUUAUUUACUUGCAAUCUGGAGCCAUGACAUGCUUCUUGCGGGCUACCAAGUAUAAUAAUAAUUUCAGUCUCAUGUGAGAACUCCGGUCUUGCAUAUGUAACCUCGCGUUGUUUCCUUGUCACUUCUUGCGUGCGUUUGUUUGUGAGACGUAGGUUGCACACCGGGACAAAGUUGUCUGCAAUUCUUACUAUAGUAAAGUCAUGCAAUGUGAAACCCCCUGUCGCCGAUCCAUCAUGCAGUGUGAACCCAGCAGGGAUCGAAUGUUACUCCAGAUGGUCAUGCAGUGUGAAAAGAUCUGUGACCUGACCUGACUAAAUCAUGCAGUCUGAACUCGCCAUUACGUUGACACCAUUCAACCGGGAAGUGCUGUAGUCCAAAUCGUCCGUUCGCUGUAGGCUUUGAAAGGGGAAUUCUGUUAAAGAAGAUAUAUUGCCUUACAGUGAACUUUGAGCUUAAUUAUUUUGCAGGUAUUAUUUAUGCUAUAACAGCAAUGUUACACACUAACUAAAGUUUGAAAAAUGGGAUCAGGAAGAACGUGACCUUUAAAACCACAUAGGGACAGGGUGUAAACAAUAAUGUAAUAGUGGUUAUUUAAUAAUAUCGGCUUGUUCUUGACACGUACUGUAGUCAUUUGGAUAAAUCCAGUUCAGGGGUUUGGCGGAUGCGUGAAGUUGCAUCCGACAGUGACAUGUUUCACGCCGCCGCGUGUGGAAGCCCCCUGUGGUUAAGUUUGAGUCUGAAGAGAGAGAAAAAGCCACUCCAUACUGACAAACAAGUUUGUGUUUCUUAUAACCUUCUUUAGUUUUCUGUAAUUAAUUCAGCUUUAUUUAGCUAACAUUAGAACUUUGUUUUGUAAUUUGUAAAUUUGGCAUAUUUUGUCUAAUCCAAUGUAUGUAAUUCAAUGUAUUUUGUCUAAGUCAAUGUAUGUACUGUAUGUGUGUGUCAGGGUCUCACUGUGCUCCAUAUAGCUGGACUGCAUGGACACCUAGACUGUAUGGAGCUGCUGCUGGACACUGGUGAUUUUGUGGAUGUAAAUGCUAGUUGCCCUCAUGGACGCAGACCAAUACAUAUGGUGCUAACUGCUCUGAGUAGACCCAACUCACAAACCUGCCUUAAGUUCCUGCUGGACCAUGGAGCACAGCCCAAUGUCACAACAGAUGAAGGGGUAACGCCGCUGCAUUUGGCUGCUGCAGAAGGCCUAAGAGAAUGCACAGAGAUACUAGUGAGAAACAAAGCAGACACAAAUGUUCGAGACAAUAGAGGUCAUACACCACUUGACCUUGCUCGUAUCUGGGGCUACAAGGACAUUGCCAGGUUUCUUAAAGAUGCCAUGUGGAAAAAAGACAAAGAGCAGGAGAUGGAAAAACUCAAACAGCUGCAUAAUCUCAGGCAGGACCUGGUCAGGAUGCAUACAAUGGCAGAGAGCAAAGAUAAGAUGAUCAGACUGGCUGUUAAAAAACAAGAGCUAUCAGUAUGGACAACGAGGGCAGGUUGUUCUCCGACGAAGCAUGCCAUAAAUGUCAAGCAAUCCUCCAGACAUGCCAAAUGCCUACUCACUGAGGUAAAGAUGCCAAACAGUCGCACAAAAUAUCACCCUGGCACACCAAAAGAAAAAUGGAACAUUUCACCCAUCCCUUCCAAACCUCCUCCAGGCAGCAUAAGCCGAUCUCAGGGGGUGCGAAUGGGAACUCAUCCUGAAGAAUUGCCAUCUGAGCCGGAUUUGAGUUGUACUGUGACGCUUGGCUGCUGGAAAAAUGGUCGUCCUCGCUACAUAGCGUCACAAGAUGGCAUUUCACAUUUAUUGCCUGACCUGCCGUUAAACAUCCUCCUGAAAGCUUUGUUCCCAUCAGCAUUCCCAUCACGGAUUGAUUCUCCCCAACAUUUCCAAAGUUCUAGUGUGCUGGAUCUGCCUCGGUUGGGCCAGUCCUUAAAAGCAGAUGCCUCACUGUGGACUGAGGUGGCCAUGCAUCUAGCAGAGGAGUUGCAGCCAGGCCACUAUUAGAAAUCAGAUGUGGAUAUGCUAUUGGCUGAAGAGUUCAGUCAGAUUUUGUAUCAAGUACAAAAAUAGCUAUAUUAAAACACUAAUCCAUCACGCUUUUCAAGUGUGAAAUAGAGAUUACUGGCCACUGUAUGUAUAGAUUGAACUAAUACACUGAAAAAAUUA